AUUCACCCACCAAUAAUUUCCAACACCCAAAAAGCUUGAACAAAAAUGGGUGUCUCUGAUCUCAAAUUCUUCCUCCUCUGCUUCAUUUGCUCAUGCAUGAUUCCUCACCUGGCAUUUGCAGGCAUAACCAGGCAUUACGAGUUUGAAAUUAAAUUGCAAAAUGUGACACGUUUGUGCCACGCGAAGAGCAUGGUGACGGUCAAUGGCAAGUUUCCUGGGCCUCGUAUUGUUGCUAGGGAGGGUGACCGUCUUCUAAUCAAAGUGGUUAACCAUGUCCCUAACAACAUGUCUAUUCAUUGGCAUGGAAUAAGGCAGCUGAGAUCGGGGUGGGCUGAUGGGCCAGCAUAUAUAACUCAAUGUCCAAUACAAACUGGGCAAAGUUAUGUGUACAAUUACACCAUUGUUGGGCAAAGAGGAACUCUUUUCUGGCAUGCUCAUAUUUCUUGGCUAAGAUCAACAGUGUAUGGGCCUCUGAUCAUCCUCCCCAAACAUGGAGUUUCAUAUCCAUUUACAAAACCCCACAGGGAGGUUCCAAUCAUCUUUGGAGAGUGGUGGAAUGUAGAUACUGAGGCUGUCAUUAGCCAAGCACUACAAACAGGUGGAGGUCCAAAUGUCUCUGAUGCUUAUACCAUGAAUGGUCUUCCUGGACCUUUGUACAAUUGCUCUGCCAAAGACACAUUAAAACUGAAAGUGAAGCCAGGAAAGACAUACAUGCUGCGUCUAAUCAACGCAGCACUAAACGACGAGCUUUUCUUCAGCAUAGCAAACCACAGUCUCACAGUGGUGGAAGCAGACGCCAUGUACGUCAAACCCUUCGAAACCGACACCCUUCUGAUCGCCCCAGGGCAGACCACCAACGUCCUUCUCCACACCAAAUCCAACUCCCCAAACGCCUCCUUUUACAUGCUGGCUCGCCCCUACGCGACAGGCCAAGGCACGUUCGACAACUCCACCGUCACAGCAAUUCUCGAAUACAUUCCCGAUUCGCAAAACAAAAACCUCCCACUUCACGCCCCAACUCUCCCCGCCUUGAACGACACCUCAUUCGCCACAAACUUCACCGCAAAACUCCGCAGCCUGGCCAGCUCCGAGUUCCCAGCCAACGUCCCCCAGAAGGUUGACAGGCAAUUUCUGUUCACUGUGGGGCUGGGGACAAGCCCUUGUAGCCACAAGAACCAGACCUGUCAGGGACCAAACGGGACCAUGUUUGCUGCUUCGGUGAACAACGUUUCGUUUGUGAUGCCGAGUAGGGCUCUGCUUGAAGCUCACUACACGGGGCAGUCCAACGGGGUUUACAGCCCCAACUUUCCGAGCAGGCCUGUUUUUGCGUUCAAUUACACUGGGAAUCCGCCGAACAAUACCAUGGUUGGGAAUGGGACGGAGUUGGUGGUGUUGGCGUUUAAUGCGAGUGUGGAGGUGAUAAUGCAGGACACGAGCAUUCUUGGAGCGGAGAGCCACCCUCUGCAUUUGCAUGGAUUUAACUUCUUUGUGGUUGGGCAAGGAUUUGGGAACUUUGAUCCUAACAAAGAUCCUCCCAAGUUUAACCUUGUUGACCCUGUUGAAAGGAACACUGUUGGUGUGCCUUCUGGAGGAUGGGUGGCCAUUCGCUUUCGAGCUGAUAAUCCAGGUGUAUGGUUCAUGCAUUGCCACUUGGAGGUGCACACAAGUUGGGGUUUGAAGAUGGCUUGGUUGGUAUUGGAUGGAAAGCUCCCUAAUCAGAAGCUGUUGCCUCCCCCAUCAGAUCUUCCCAAAUGUUGAAACUUUACCAUUUUUUUUCCCUCUUGUUUAUUGCUAUUUUGUCUUGUUUGGAAUUUUGAAAAAUCAUGUUUUUUAUUUUUUAAUUAUUAUUUUACCCUUGUCCUUGUCCAAGGCUGAGAUUGAAGAAYGCGGAUCCCUUUUUCUUGUGUACUUGAGUUGGGGUUGGCGAUUGAUUGCUUUUCCCUCUCCGUCUAAGAGAGAUCGGCUAAUAUAUGUACGGUUGUAACAUGGAUUUCUUUGUUCAUUAACAAAGUAGAGUUUGAUUA